AACUGGGCUCGUUAGGUCAAUGACCUUUGCUUCUGCAACAUGACAUCCAUAGUACAUGUCCUGCGGCACCGUCAGAGACGAUACAAGCCUCGUCAGUAUGUCCAACGAGGUAAUUUCAUUGAGCAGUACUCAAAUGAUGACCUUUAUGCACGGUUUAGAUUUCGAAGAGAAGAUAUUUUGUAUAUAUGUGAAAUUCUUCGCCCACAUCUUCAACGUCCUACAAGAAGGAGUCAUGCCUUAACUGUGGAGGAGCAGGUGCUUAUUGCCCUACGUUUCUUUGCCUGUGGAUCCUUCUAUGAAGUCAUUGCAGAUGGCCUGGCUGUGACAAAGUCUACAGUGGGACACGUCAUGCAUUCAGUGGCAGCAGCCCUGGCUGGUCUAAUUCACCAGUAUGUGAGAUUUCCAGAUACUGAGGAAGAAAUAACACAAACCAAGAGAGAAUUCUUCUCAAUUGCCAGGAUGCCUAACACUAUUGGUGCCAUUGACUGCACCCACAUACACAUUCAGGCACCCCAUGAAAGAGAAUGGGAAUUUGUCAACAGAAAGGGACGGCAUAGUAUCAACGUGCAGCUCAUAGGGAAUGCUGACCUUAAAAUAACCAACUGUGUUGUGAGAUGGCCUGGUUCUGUACAUGAUGCACGGAUUCUAAGAGAAAGUCAUCUCUACAGAAGACUGCAACAAACUGCGCCGGAUGGUAUCCUCCUGGGUGACAGUGGCUACCCACUUCUACGGUGGCCCUUUGCUACUGUCACAUGUGACCCACAGCAGAG